ACACACACACACUCUCUCUCUUUCCUCUCCUUUUCUUCCUCCGCUUGCAGCUUCAGACAUUUGGGGAAUCCUGAAACAAGUUGUUCCCACAAAGAGGCAUUGCCAACUUAGUGUAAGUAGACUCUGAAUGAGCAGAGGAAACCGAAAGAGGCUGUUUCACUAAGAGCCUUGACAUUCCUGCCCUCCCGUGUUCGCUCCUUCAUAUCUUUCGCUGUGGACACUGACUGCGCUGGCUGGACACCGUGAGACUCAAGAUUAUGGACAUAGAGACCUUGUAGAGCCCAACACACUGCAUGUACGCCCGACUUGCUGAUGGCAGCUGUGCAGUGGGACUGAUCGUUGAGUCAGAUCAGAGAGACACUCACUGCUGGGGAGCGCCUGAAGACUCGGUGUGGUCUCCCACAGGCCCCGCCCCCAUGGACCUGCGUGUAGGUGAGCGUCUGGUGCGUCCGGGUUCGGACCCGGCCUUCCUGUCGCCCCUGCACCCCCCUCUGCUGAUCAACCCCUUCAAUCCGCAGCACUGUUCCCAGUACAGCCAGCAGCAGCUGCAGCGCAUACAGUCCUAUAACAUGGAGCAGCAUCUACGAGACCAGGAACUAGCAAAACAACAGCUACAGCAGCUUAAAAACAAGGACAAGAGUCAACAGAGUGCUGUGGCCAGUGCAUUGGUGAAGCAGAAACUGGCGCAAGUGAUUCGGAAGAAGCAGAAGGCGGUGCUAGAGAGGACCAACUCCAACCCUCUGAGCAGCCCGUCCGUCGCCUACCGGGAGUUGGUUCCCGAUCCUGGCGCUCCUGUGCAGCCGCUCAUGUCCUCCACAAAUCCAGCUCUCAGCGAAGGGCCUGACGAACCACCCCUGAGACGAGCAACCUCAGAGCCCAACCUGAAGGUGAAGCACAAGUUAAAGAAGCACCUGAACACCCGUAAGAGCCCGCUGACCCGUAAAGAGAGCGCUCCGCCGGCCGUCAAACACCGCGUGCCUGAUACGCUGGAUUCGUCCCCCGGCAGCAGCAGCACUCCAGUGUCCGGCUGCAGCUCCCCGAACGACAGUCUGCCCCAUGAGAACGGAGCGCUGCCCGCCUCCAGCCUGGCCCAUGAGGCUCAGAGGCUGCUGUUGCAGGACGGCUCUUUAGCUCACUUCACAGUGCAGAAUCCCUCGGGUCUCCCCACCAUCACGCUCGGCCUCCCCGCCAACACCAAGGCGGAGAGUGAGCUGGGCUCGCUGAAGCUGGGUCGUGUGCCCGGGGUGUCAGGGGCGUCCCCCGUGAUGCUUCCUCUGGGUGUGGAAGAGCAGAGCGGGCUCAUACAGCCCGUCCUCAUCCUGGAGCCCUCUGGACUCAUACACACCCCUCUCCUGGCCGUUCCAGGUCUGGGUCCGGUUCCCCUUCAGUUCAGUGCGUCUGGUCCUCACAAGCCUCUGAGCCGGACCCGCUCCGAGCCGCUGCCCCAGAGUCCCCGUGCGCUCCACCCUCACCUGCUCCAGCAGCAGACGCACAGCGCUCAGAUCCUGGAGAGACUCAAGCAGCAGACGCACCUGGGCAAGCUCAUGUCAAAGUCCAGUGAGAAGCCUCGCCUCCGGCAGAUCCCGUCAGAGGACAUGGACUCAGAGGAGGUGGGGCCAUCAGCGGGCGACGCCCACCAGGGCAGGGUGAGGGCGGAGUCUCAGAGAGAGCUGGAGAGCCAAGAGGAGCAGCUCAACCUGCAACACACCGUCAUUCUCAACCAGUCACGUCUGUGGGAGACACAGAAGCAGCUGCAGCAGCUGCGCAGACAGACGGCUCACAUGGAGACACUGACGGUACCCAUGAUGCUCGGCGCCGCGCACCGGCCGCUCUCUCGUACGCAGUCGUCUCCAGCCUCCACCUCGCUAACGCUGCCGGACAAAGCCUUGCCUCUCACCACGGCACCGGAGCCGCCCCAGAGCCAGCCGCGCUUCACCACGGGUCUGGUGUAUGACUCCCAAAUGCUGAAGCACCAGUGUACGUGUGGAGACAACAGCAGCCACCCAGAGCAUGCUGGGAGAAUCCAGAGCAUCUGGUCACGCUUGCAGGAGAGGGGCCUCAGGGGCCAGUGUGAGAGUAUUCGGGGAAGGAAGGCCACUCUGGAGGAGUUACAGUCUGUUCACACAGAGCGUCACGUUCUGCUGUACGGCACCAAUCCACUCAACCGCCUCAAACUGGACAAUCGCAAGCUGGCCGGCAUACUGUCACAGCGGAUGUUCGUCAUGCUGCCCUGUGGGGGAGUCGGGGUGGACAAUGACACCAUCUGGAACGAGAUGCACACGUCCACAGCGUCCCGCAUGGCGGCCGGGAGCGUGACUGAGCUGGCCUUCAGAGUGGCUAAAGGAGAGCUCAAGAACGGCUUUGCUGUGGUCAGGCCACCAGGACAUCACGCAGACCCGUCAAACCCCAUGGGUUUUUGUUUCUUCAACUCGGUGGCGAUUGCUGCUAAGCAGCUCCAGCAGAAGCUCAGCGCCAGUAAAAUCCUCAUCGUUGAUUGGGAUGUUCAUCAUGGCAACGGCACCCAGGAAAUCUUCUACAAUGACCCCAGCGUCCUCUACAUCUCUCUCCAUCGCUAUGAUAAUGGAAACUUCUUCCCCGGGAGUGGUGGACCGGCAGAGGUGGGUUCUGGUGUCGGUGAGGGUUUCAACGUUAAUGUGGCGUGGACCGGUGGUCUGGAACCUCCCAUGGGCGAUGCUGAGUACCUGGCUGCCUUCAGGACGGUGGUGAUGCCCAUUGCUCAGGAGUUUUCCCCAGACGUCGUGUUGGUUUCUUCAGGGUUUGACGCCGCAGAAGGACACCCUGCUCCUUUGGGAGGGUACAAAGUCACUGCUAAAUGUUUCGGCUUUUUGACUCGGCAGUUGAUGGCGUUAGCAGGAGGACGCGUGGUUCUAGCAUUAGAGGGAGGUCACGACCUCACAGCCAUAUGUGAUGCUUCUGAGGCCUGCGUCAGCGCUCUGCUGGGACUGGAGGAGCCUCUUCCUGAGUCGACUCUCCUGCAGAUGCCCAAUGCCAACGCAGUGCUUUCACUCCAGAGAGUUCUGCAAAUACAGAGUCAGUAUUGGUCGUCACUGAAGCCGUUGAUGGGCACAGUGGGGCUGUCAUUUUUGGGUGCCCAGAGAAAAGACUGUGAGGAAACGGACACAGUGAAUGCGAUGGCGUCCCUCUCCGUGGGGGUCUUGACCAACAAAAGCCUUGUUGAUGAACCCAUGGAGCACGACGAAGACUCCCUUUAAACCAGGUCUUUACACGUCUGAAAACUGUCCAGUACCAAAUGGUGCUCCACACCAUGUGAACGAGCCGUGCCUCAAGACCAGCAGUGCCUCAGGGGGCGUGGCUUCCUCAUCACGGCCCCUCCCCCAAGACCCCACCUCAACACUGACCACCAGCGCAGCGCGGCUAAGCUAACAACCCGCAGCCACAGUUCUGCCGGGGCUCUGGGAUCCACGUCCUCUGCUCCAUUCACAUACCACACAAACAAACAAACUAGGACACUAGGACGCAUGAGUGUGUUUUUAACAUUCACUAAUGCGCUGAAGGACACCAGUCGCUCAAAUAUUCACCUCUGGUGCCUCGAAAGACACUGUUUACUUUAGCUGGAGAUGCAAAAGCAGAUUUGCAGGAACGGUUGAGGAUUAUUUAACCUUUUUUAAAGGCACCCCACUUUACUACCACUGACAAGCGGACUGUGCUGGGAGAAAAUGAGGGGUUUCCUUGCACCUGGCAACCGCAAAGUGGCUUCACUCUAUGAUGUCAUUACUAUUAACCAAUUUAACCACUAAAGAAGAAGAAAACGAUCUCGACAACUGUGGGUUUUAUAAAUCGUAUUUGUAAUUUUUUUUUUUUUUUUGCACUGUGCAUUCCAUAAUGUGAACCGUGAAAUUUUGGGAAAAGAAAAAUAGAAUUCUCUAUCUAGAUUUACGCUUAACAUUCUUUU